UGUAUAUGCAGGAAAUAUGUACCCCCGGACUUUUCUCCCUCCCAACUUGUACAGUACCCCGUCAGGCACCUCAUAUACCUCCCUCCAACACGAAAACUCGGAGGUGAUUUGUAUAUACUCCAAAACAAACGACGAGGCAGGCCAAAGCCGACAAGAAAACAAACAUAUACUCACGAAACUCAUGAACCCAUAUUCAAGCUAGCCUCCCGGCCGUUGCUCAACUUCGAAAGCAAUCAAAAUGUUCAUGUCACAUCAAUAGCUGUCGCUUUUCACACAACAGAUCCCUCCGCCCCUGCUACCCAAAUAUGUAAAUAUGUAAUAUGA